AGUCCGGGUCUUGGCGGGCCCCCUCCUCCCUCCCGCUCCCCGCGCUCUCGCCUUUUAAUCAUGCCCCUCUGUCUGUGUGUGAGUGCAGGCAGGCUGACAAUGAUUUCCUCAGUGAUUACGUACAGAGCGAGUCCCUGCGGGUUAGGGGCCCCCUCUGGAGCCAUCCUGAUGGCUUUGGGGGCCUUGCUUCCAUUUUCCAUUAUUAUGUGGACUACCGGAGCGACAGCGCAGUCCAAGACCUUGCAGGAUGUCUCGCCGCAAGCAAGCGAAACCGAGAUCCCUCAAAGACCCCAACUGUAAACUUGAAGACAAGACUGAAGAUGGAGAGGCGCUAGAUUGUAAGAAGAGGCCGGAAGACGGGGAGGAGUUGGAAGACGAGGCUGUGCACAGCUGUGACAGCUGCCUCCAGGUGUUUGAAUCGCUGAGCGAUAUCACAGAACACAAGAUUAAUCAAUGUCAACUGACAGAUGGAGUGGAUGUUGAAGAUGAUCCGACUUGCUCUUGGCCAGCUUCCUCACCUUCCAGCAAGGAUCAGACUUCCCCUAGCCAUGGAGAAGGUUGCGAUUUUGGAGAGGAAGAAGGUGGCCCUGGGCUUCCAUACCCAUGUCAAUUCUGUGACAAGUCGUUUAGCCGCCUCAGCUACCUAAAGCACCAUGAGCAGAGUCACAGCGACAAACUGCCUUUCAAAUGCACCUACUGCAGUAGGCUGUUCAAACACAAGCGCAGCCGAGAUCGCCACAUAAAACUCCACACCGGGGACAAGAAGUACCACUGCAGUGAAUGUGAUGCUGCGUUUUCCAGAAGUGAUCACUUGAAGAUCCACUUAAAGACUCACACUUCCAACAAGCCAUAUAAAUGUGCCAUUUGUCGCCGUGGGUUUCUGUCCUCUAGUUCCUUACACGGACACAUGCAGGUUCACGAGAGGAACAAGGACGGCUCCCAGUCUGGUUCCAGGAUGGAGGACUGGAAGAUGAAGGACACUCAGAAGUGCAGUCAGUGUGAGGAAGGCUUUGACUUCCCAGAAGACCUCCAAAAACACAUUGCAGAGUGCCACCCCGAAUGCUCCCCAAACGAGGACCGAGCGGCCCUCCAGUGCGUCUACUGCCACGAGCUCUUCGUAGAGGAGACCUCCCUCAUGAACCACAUGGAGCAGGUGCAUGGCGGGGAGAAGAAGAACUCAUGCAGCAUUUGUUCUGAGAGUUUCCACACAGUUGAGGAACUGUACAGCCACAUGGACAGUCACCAGCAACCGGAGUCGUGCAAUCACAGCAACAGCCCUUCCCUGGUCACGGUGGGCUACACCUCCGUGUCCAGUACGACUCCAGAUUCCAACCUCUCAGUGGACAGCUCAACCAUGGUGGAAGCUGCCCCGCCAAUCCCAAAGAGUCGAGGGAGGAAGAGGGCCGCUCAGCAAACCCCUGACAUGACUGGUCCCUCGAGUAAACAAGCAAAAGUUACCUACAGCUGUAUUUACUGCAACAAGCAAUUAUUUUCAAGUCUUGCAGUUCUGCAGAUUCACCUGAAAACUAUGCACUUAGAUAAGCCAGAACAGGCCCAUAUUUGUCAGUAUUGCUUGGAGGUCCUGCCCUCACUCUAUAACCUAAAUGAACAUCUUAAGCAAGUGCAUGAAGCUCAGGACCCAGGUCUGAUUGUUUCUGCCAUGCCUGCCAUUGUCUACCAGUGUAACUUCUGUUCCGAAGUUGUCAACGACCUCAACACUCUUCAGGAACACAUCCGAUGUUCUCAUGGAUUUGCAAACCCCGCAGCUAAAGAUAGUAAUGCGUUCUUUUGUCCCCAUUGCUAUAUGGGUUUUCUCACUGACUCUUCCCUCGAAGAGCAUAUUAGACAGGUUCAUUGUGACCUCAGUGGCUCCCGAUUUGGGUCUCCAGUGCUUGGCACUCCCAAAGAACCAGUAGUAGAAGUCUAUUCUUGUUCCUAUUGUACUAAUUCACCAAUAUUCAACAGCGUUCUUAAGCUGAACAAACAUAUCAAAGAGAAUCAUAAAAACAUUCCCUUGGCCCUGAAUUAUAUCCACAAUGGGAAGAAAUCCAGGGCCUUAAGCCCCCUAUCUCCUGUGGCCAUAGAGCAGACAUCUCUUAAGAUGAUGCAGGCAGUAGGAGGUGCACCUGCACGUCCAGCUGGAGAAUAUAUCUGUAAUCAGUGUGGUGCUAAGUACACAUCCCUAGACAGCUUUCAGACUCACCUAAAAACUCAUCUCGACACUGUGCUUCCAAAAUUGACCUGUCCUCAGUGCAACAAGGAAUUUCCCAACCAAGAAUCCUUGCUGAAGCAUGUUACCAUUCACUUUAUGAUCACCUCAACGUAUUACAUCUGUGAAAGUUGUGACAAGCAAUUCACAUCAGUGGAUGACCUUCAGAAACACCUGCUGGACAUGCACACCUUUGUCUUCUUUCGCUGCACCCUCUGUCAGGAAGUUUUUGACUCAAAAGUCUCCAUUCAGCUCCACUUGGCUGUGAAGCACAGUAACGAAAAGAAAGUCUAUAGGUGCACAUCUUGCAACUGGGACUUCCGCAAUGAGACUGACUUGCAGCUCCAUGUGAAACACAACCACCUGGAAAACCAAGGGAAAGUGCAUAAGUGCAUUUUCUGCGGUGAGUCCUUUGGCACCGAGGUGGAGCUGCAAUGCCACAUCACCACUCACAGUAAGAAGUACAACUGCAAGUUCUGUAGCAAAGCCUUCCAUGCGAUCAUUUUGUUAGAAAAACACUUGCGAGAAAAACAUUGUGUGUUCGAAACCAAGACACCCAACUGUGGAACAAAUGGAGCUUCUGAGCAAGUGCAGAAAGAGGAAGUGGAGCUGCAGACUUUGCUGACCAACAGCCAGGAGUCCCACAACAGUCACGAUGGGAGCGAAGAAGACGUCGACACCUCUGAGCCUAUGUACGGCUGCGACAUUUGUGGGGCAGCCUACACUAUGGAAACUUUGCUGCAGAAUCACCAGCUCCGAGACCACAACAUCAGACCUGGAGAAAGUGCCAUCGUGAAAAAGAAAGCUGAGCUCAUUAAAGGGAAUUACAAGUGCAACGUGUGCUCUCGAACCUUCUUCUCCGAAAAUGGCCUCCGUGAACAUAUGCAGACCCACCUAGGCCCUGUCAAACACUACAUGUGCCCUAUUUGCGGAGAGCGGUUUCCCUCCCUUUUAACUCUUACUGAACACAAAGUCACGCAUAGUAAGAGUCUUGAUACUGGAAACUGCCGGAUUUGCAAGAUGCCUCUCCAGAGUGAAGAGGAGUUUUUAGAGCAUUGCCAAAUGCACCCUGACUUGAGGAAUUCCCUGACGGGCUUUCGCUGCGUGGUGUGCAUGCAGACAGUGACCUCCACUUUGGAACUCAAAAUCCAUGGGACAUUCCACAUGCAAAAGACAGGGAAUGGGUCUGCAGUUCAGACCACAGGGCGUGGCCAGCACGUCCAAAAACUGUACAAGUGCGCAUCUUGCCUCAAAGAAUUCCGUUCCAAGCAAGAUCUGGUGAAACUUGACAUCAACGGCCUGCCAUAUGGUCUGUGUGCUGGCUGCGUGAAUCUCAGUAAGAGCGCCAGCCCAGGCAUUAACGUCCCUCCCGGCGCGAACAGACCAGGCUUGGGCCAGAAUGAGAAUCUGAGUGCCAUCGAGGGAAAAGGCAAGGUGGGAGGACUGAAGACGCGCUGCUCUAGCUGCAACGUUAAGUUUGAGUCUGAAAGUGAACUCCAGAACCACAUCCAAACCGUCCACCGAGAGCUUGUGCCAGACAGCAACAGCACACAGUUGAAAACGCCCCAAGUAUCACCAAUGCCCAGAAUCAGUCCCUCCCAGUCGGAUGAGAAGAAGACCUAUCAAUGCAUCAAGUGUCAGAUGGUUUUCUACAAUGAAUGGGAUAUUCAGGUUCAUGUUGCAAAUCACAUGAUUGCCAGUGACCACAGUAUUCAUUCAAACUGCACAGAGACACAUCUCAUCUGUAAAACACGGCCUACUGAUCUUAUUUGCUACUUGUAUUCUCAUAAGAAGAAACAUAGGAUUCAUUAUGAUGCAAUGGAAGUACAUUUUGUUUUGAGAUUAUGUAUAUCACAUGUAUGUUCCUACCAAGAAUUUCAUAAUAAAGAACGAAUAAAGAAGAUAGCUUUAUGUAUACAUGAAGGAGAAGGGAAGGGAAGCAAAAUGAGCGUCACAUAUAGGUGUGUUUAAUAUGCAGUGCUUGAUGUAUGUUGACCUCAGGUUACAAGAGUAGAAAAUCCCAUUUUCCAGCUUGUUUCAAAUAUAGUAAAAAUGCUGCUUCAGUUGCUUUAUGCUACUCACAUUGGGGAAGGUGCUUAUACUGUGAUAAUUAUCAUCAAGGAAUAUUAAUGCGUUCAGCAUUUGUAACCCAAAAACUCAUUAUAGCUUAAGCUGUGCAUCAUCUGUGAAGAGAGAACUUUGCCAGAAUUUGCUCUUCACAGGGGUUGCCUCCUGCUUGCUGCGGAGUGGUCAGAGUACUGCAAGAGGUCACUUAGGCUAUUUUUGAAAGCUGAAGUUUUGCAAUUUUUGAAUCACUACCUUCUGUCCAAAGAGCAUAUCAUUCUUGCCUCAAAAUGUCCUUCUUCUAAUUGAAUGCAUGGUAAAGUGCAAACUAUAACAAUAAUAAUAAUAAUUAAUAAAUAAGAGGUAACUGCAUCUCAUUAUGUAGAAUUCAAGAAGGUCAGCACAUGUAUUCCAUAUCAAGAUAAUUGAAGUAUUGGUGUCUUCUCUUCUGUCAUGGAGCAAAGGGAUUCAUUUACACCAGUUUCUUUAAUGCAGGUGCCUUUGGGUUUCAGAGAGAAAUGCCCCCACUGGGGCUCCACAUUACAGCCCUCUGGCUGGAAAUUGUGUAAAUAAGACUGCAGGGUCAGCCUUCGUUUUUUGGUAUCACUGUCUAUAAUUAGUCUGUGAUGACAGUCUUUUAUAUGAGCCUAAAACUGUUCCUGGGAUCAUUCCUCAUACAUCUAAGACGUCUAUCCAAUGCAUAGGUAGAUAUUUUUGCACAUAUGUUUAAAAUCAUUCUCCAGGGGCAUAUUGACUUGAUGGGAACUAGAAUCUCUGGGUGUGUUAAGAAUCCUUUAACUUCAUCUGAUCAAAAUAGCUGGUUAGGCAGCUCCAUUAUAAAUUAUAGGUGGUUAGUUUCCUAAGAACAUUGUGCCCUCACCUGUAGUGGGGCAGCUUGUUGAAAGGGAGCUGUGUGCCUGUGAUGUUUUUACAUGAUUAAAUCCCAUUAUUCUUCCCCCACUGAUCCAUUGCUUGUCAUUUCCCAUAAGUAACAUUGCUCCAUGCUGCAUGUUAUGGUUUGUGUGGGCCAGGCAGAGAGCACUAAUACUCAGUUCUAUCAGGCUGUCUGGCAUUGCAGGACUGCUGUGUUUCUGAGGUCAAAUUGUGAACCUGGCCUUGCUCCUGGGAGGACUAGAAAAAUAUAUUUCAUAACUUCCCAUAGACCUAAGCGAAGAGGAAGAAGGAAAAACAUGAAGCCCAUAGGCUCAGUUUAGAUGAGCUGAAAGGUUGGAAUUUAUCAAACAGGAAGGCUGACUGUUGCGUGGGAGGCUUCCUUACUGUGAGGGAUCACUGCCGUGGGUGCAGAAUCAGUCCUAGCUGAGGCCUUUGGGGGAUAAGGUAAUCAUUCAAAUAGCCCAGUAGGCACAGACACACAAGCUGAUAAUCUGGAGUAAACCUGCUGAAAUAGGAAUUUACUUACCUGUUAAAACCACUUACAUGAAGGAAUACGGAUAGAAUGAGUACUGUGCAUUCAGGGCAGAUACUGUAGACUGCUUCACUGAAAGUAAUUUGUGCCGUUGUUGUUGUUGUUGUUUUGAAUGGGACAGAACCUUUAUUUUAUGCGGCAGAGCACUGAUACCACAAAAUGGAUGGAUUUCCUGAAGCAGAGACAGGUUCUCAAUCGUUUUGGGCUGCGAUGCUGGCAGUAUGGUGAAGAAAUACAGUAGCAGCAGAUCUUCUGUAAGGAUGUAAACUUAAUAAUCUUUAUGAAUUUUGAGUAACUCAUAACUCCACUUCCUCACCCAAAGAAACAUUAUGAAAAGAUUGCUUCUAAAUCCUUCAGACAUUCUCUGCACUUAUGAUAGAUGCCAUCCUCUUUACCUUGAGGCAUUGGAAAUAAAUGUGGGGUUUUUUUUUUUUGCAAGAGAUAAAAACGUAUACUUUAGAAGGAGCAAAUUGUAUUUUCAUGUUUUAAGUUCACUGUUUGCACUUGAUGUGGUGAGAUCCAAAUGUGAAGAAUUGCUUUUGACAUUAUUUCUGUGUCUCCUGUAUGCCAGAACCACUGCAUUAUUAUGCUGAAAUGUACCAUCACAUGGGAUAAAUGUGAUGUUGGAAACCUGGAAAUAGUAUGUAUUAUAUUACAUUCUAUGUCCAGGGUCCUUAGGAUAAUUGUAACUUCUUUAGUUACUAAAACAAUUCCACUUACCUUAUUAAGGAUACGUUGACUAAAACUACAUGUGCAUGUGUCUUUUAAGAAAAAAUUAUAAUCGUCCAAGUGUUGUGGGUUUGUUUAGGGGCAAAAAAAGGGCUUUCAUUUUUAAAUGAAAAGGUUAUUUUAACUUUCUCUAAAAGUCUGUUUUACAUAAUCUAUACCUUGAACUAACACAUACCAUGUUAUAAAGUAAACCUUAAAAUACAUACAUCAAAGGUCUUAACUUGCAUGACUGAUUUCAGAAUUCUAAUUCAGAUUUUCUGUCAGUAACUAUGGUUUUCUAUUUUUAUGGUCCUUUUCUAAAAUAAAUUUUUGUAGUCUUCUUUGUGUAUUUAAAUGUGUGCGUGUGCAUGUGUGUGUGUCACAUGCGUACAUCUGUGUGUGGACAUGUACCCGCUGUUAGUCUCUUCCACCACACACUCACUGGUGCAGCACUCCCUGUCUUGUGUUUAGCAUGUUCCCAACAGCUUAGGGAGAUGGUACAAAAGUGAAAUGAAAACUGUGCAGCUUAGAUUGGAGUCUGAUAUUUGAAAGAGAGAUAUUGGAAAAGGAUGUUUUUUUUGGCUUGGCUCCUUUUAGAUGUGAUUGCUGCUUCAUUAGGACUUGGAAGAGUUUCCUGUGGUUAAAUUUAAU